UUAAAAGUUACUAUUAAAUCGCAACUAAGCUAAAAAACUAAAAGUACUUAAAGUAACUACGCUAAGAACCAUCUGAGCCGACUCGUUCAGAAAAUGGCGACCAAAACUUUGAUGUCAUAAUUAUUUUUAACUUAAAAACCGGUUAUGAUAUUUUGAGUUUUUACAUAAAAAUCGACAGCUCAACACUUGCAACAGACACCAAAAUACUUACAACCAAAAUCAUUUUCAAAUUAGCUUUUUGUGUUUCUGCAGCUUCUUAUUGUGAAUGUUUGAUGCAGAAUUAUUCUGUGAACUUAGAUCGUUGAAUUCUUUUAAAGAGUCUGAUUUAAUAAAUAGUCAAAAUUACUGAAAAAAUUAUCCAUUCAGUCUUAGAACAGUGGUUUUGGAAAUCAUUAACAAAUAAAUUACCACAAUUAUCCAAAAACUGUACCCUAAUAACCUUUUAAUUGAAGUUCCCUUGGUUAACUUUCAUUCAGUUUUCGAGUGAUGAUGAAUCCUAUCGAAGGUCGUCCUACCGUUAAGUGUGUAGUUGUGGGGGAUGGGGAAGUUGGGAAAACAAGUAUGCUCAUCAGUUACGUCAAAAACAAGUUCCCCAGUCAUUAUCUGCCGACUGUCUUUGACACUUACCAUGCAGAUGUGGCCGUCAAUGGCCGUCAAGUUGGAUUGAGCUUAUACGACACCGCAGGUCAAGAUGAUUACGACAGAAUUAGACCUUUGUCAUAUCCAAACACGGACAUCUUCCUCCUAUGUUUUUCGCUGGUUCGACAUAUUACCCUUGAAAACGUGCAUGGAAAGUGGCUACCCGAAGUUCGCCACUACUCGCCUGAAACACCAUUCAUAUUAGUUGGCACCAAAUUUGACCUUAGAAACCAGUCUAACGAGAAAGUAACCACAAUUGAAGGCCAGAAAGCAGCUAAGAAAAUGGGUAAACAAUGCCAGAAGUACAUGGAGUGCUCAGCACUGACCCAAGUUGGACUGAAAGAAGUGUUUGAUCAAGCUAUUAUUAUUGUGCUAUCCCCGAAAAAGCAAAACAUCAAAAAACCAAAAUGCAAAGUUCUUUGAGUUAAAUGUUGGAAACCUAUUUCAUAUUCAAUUUGUGAACAUUUUCAAUUCGGUCGACCUAAAAAAAGGACGUCAUAAUUUUUGAAAAUCCCCCUCCCCCAGCCAGAAGCCGCUUUUUCCAGAAGGCGCCUUUCACCAAAAAAGCAAAACAUCGAAAGAACAAAAUGUAAAAAUUUGAGUUAAAUUUUGGAAACUUGUUUCAUAUUCAAUUUUGUAAACAAAACAGCAGAUACCGUACACUUUUACUUAAUGUAAAUUUUAUUAGUGCGUCCAGGAUUUUAAGAGAUGUAAUGUAGUUUUUGUCUAAGAAAAGUGUUCUAUCAUGAAGUGAACGUAAUCGUCUAAGAGCUCUAAAGAGGUUACACAUUUCUAUGCUUGCUGAAGCAACAAGUACAACCACUAGUGUUAGUUCAAUCUCUAGUUGUGCCACUAAGUUGCGAGCUCAACAAACUUCUCGUUUAGAAU